AAAUAAUGGACACAACAAAUGCUCCUUAGAUUAUUGAACAUCUAAGUAAAUCAUUAAAUUUCACACCAUUUGUAACAAGAUGGAUUCCAGGAACUGCAAAAUUUGUAUUAUGUGGUUAACCACCCAAAGCAAAUGGAAUAAUUGAAAUAUUAUAAUUGAAUAAAACAGAACUGAAAACUUUAUCAUCAGUUAUAAAUAAUUUUAUCAUUAGAUAGAAUAACCUAAGGGUAUAAAAUGUGGAUAAUAUUUGGAUAAUUAAUUUACAUUUGGUGAUUUUGAUGGAAAAUUAAAAGUUAUGGAUCUAGAAACUAGGAAAGUAUAAUUUUUAAAUAAAUAUUAGAUAGCAUUUGAAGUUAAAGCACAUGAUCAAAUUAUAAAUUCUAUUGAUACUUGUUAUAAUAUAGGAGCUCCUGAAAUUGUAACUGGAUCAAGAGAUGGAUGUGUAAGAGUUUGGGAUCCAAGAUAAGCAGCACCAGUAGUAUCUUUAGAGCCAAUUGAAAAAGAUGUUAUACCAGAUGCAUGGAGUGUAGCAUUUGGUAAUUCAUAUAAUGAUGAACGUGUAAUCGCCUGUGGAUAUGAUAAUGGUGAUAUUAAACUUUUUGAUUUGAAAUAGAAUUAAUUGAUAUGGGAUACGAAUGUAAAAAAUGGAAUAUGUGGUAUAGAAUUUGAUAGAAAAGAUAUACAAAUGAAUAAAUUAGUAGCUACAACUCUUGAAAGUAAUUUUAAAAAUUUUAAUUCAGGCAAAAUUAAUGUUUUUGAUUUAAGAACUUUCAAUAAUGGAUAUGCAUCAUUAAUCCAUGAAGGAUAAAAGUCAACUAUUUGGGGAGUAAAGCAUUUACCAUAGAACAGAGACUUAUUUGCAACCUAAGGAGGAGAUGGAGCUUUGAAUAUUUAUAAAUAUUCAUAUCCAUCUUAAAGACAAAUAUAGGAUACUGAAGGAAAACCUAAGGGAGUUAUAGGAAAAUUAGAACUACUUAAUAAAUAGGAUGUUUGUUAAUAACCUAUUUCCUCUUUAGAUUGGAAUGCUGACAAAUUAGGUAAAUAACUUUAUUGAAUUUUUAGGCUUAGCCUGUUUGUGUGGAUUAGAUUAAACUUGUAAGGUUGUAAUUGUUACGAAAUUAAAUUUGUAUUGA